AUGGAUAAUAAAAGCACUAAUAAUGGCACUAAGUCUCAGAAGUGUCAGUUAUGCGAAAAAUGUUUUAAAAAACCCAGUGAAUUGAAAUAUCACAUUGAUAGAAAACAUCCAAAUCAAAAUAAUAACCCCACUGAAGAAUGUACAAUCAUUAAGUCUAUCAGCCACUCUCAGGAGCUGAAUGAAGAUUAUGCUGUACCAAUGUUAGCCUUAGAAAAAUCUAUUUCGGAUCUGAAUGCAGUCAUAAGAAAUAAUGUCAAAACUGUCGGGGAUUUCAAGGCUCUCAAGAAAAUAGUGGCUUCUAUUGAGCCGACUCUACAGGCCAUACAAGAAAGCAAAACAAGGAAAAAUUCUUUGCUCACCAAUGAAAAACCAAUCGCAAUACUUUCCUUGACUGAAGAAGUCUCAAAUUUCUUCUUUCCUGAUCCUUUCAUAUUCUUUAAUCUAACGAAUGAAGGAGUUUCAUCAAGAUGA